UGUUCUCCGAAGGGUGUAAGGCAACGGAACAGUCGGCUAGAGCUGGCUAGAGCUGUGGGUGGUUCCGAGUCGCUUUAGGAAGAGGCCGCAUUUUACACUUGAACUUGGCCAAAAGGCCGAGAAGCGAUAAGAGGCCGCAUUUUAAUAGUAGGGCAAUAGCUGUGGUGAUGGAAGAGGUAUAGCUGUAUGGCAGCCAUUUUAAGGGAGAAAAUGCUUUAAUUCCAGGAGCCGGUAGGCAAGCCUCCAGUCAACCGCUAUGCUUUUACAGUUGCUGGGUCAUUUCGAACCGCCAGUUAUGAUUACUCUAGCGGUUCAUCAUCUUAAAAUUGGGCAUCCUGCACAGCAGUGAUAAGUAAUGAAGCCAGGCACCGACAUCUUUAGUAAGGGCGGUCCUAGCGACGUGACAAAGUUUUGACGCCAGCCUAUUGGCUGUUCCAAUAAGCAUGCGCCUCCAGAUUGGCCAAUCGCCUUGCGACUCCCAACCCACCCUCCGUCAUCUUAACAUUGGGCACUCUCGACAGUAGCAGAGUGUAGCGAAGCCUCCAGCGACCAUCUUGGUUGAGGGCAGAAUCGAGGGUGGUGUUGCUUACGCUGCCCCGGCAUUCUCCUGGACCCACGUGGAAGUCGCGCUCAGGAUGCUGCGUCGUGAGGCCCGCCUUCGCCGGGAGUACCUGUACCGCAAGGCCCGCGAGGAGUCGCUGCGAACCGCCCAGGAGAGGAAGGAGAAGGUUCGGCGCGCCCUGGAAGAGAAUCGCCUGAUUCCCACCGAGUUACGCAGGGAGGCUCUGGCCUUACAGGGUUCCCUGGAGUUCGAUGACGCCGGCGGUGAAGGUGUGACCAACCACAUGGAUGAUGAAUAUCGAUGGGCAGGGGUCGAGGACCCUAAGGUCAUGAUCACUACCUCCCGAGACCCCAGUUCCCGCCUCAAGAUGUUUGCAAAGGAGCUGAAGUUGGUGUUCCCAGGUGCCCAACGCAUGAACCGUGGCCGGCAUGAGGUAGGGGCACUGGUGCGAGCCUGCAAAGCCAAUGGUGUCACCGACCUGCUGGUUGUCCAUGAGCAUCGAGGCACACCUGUGGGGCUCAUUGUUAGCCACCUGCCCUUCGGCCCUACUGCUUACUUCACACUGUGCAAUGUGGUCAUGCGGCACGACAUCCCUGACCUGGGCACCGUGUCCGAGGCCAAGCCUCACCUCAUCAUGCAUGGCUUCUCCUCCCGACUAGGCAAGCGGGUCUCCGACAUACUCCGUUACCUGUUCCCUGUGCCCAAAGAUGACAGCCACCGGGUCAUCACCUUCGCGAACCAAGAUGACUAUAUCUCCUUCCGGCACCAUGUAUAUAGGAAGACCAGCCACCGCAGUGUGGAGCUGACCGAGGUCGGACCUCGCUUUGAACUGAAGUUGUACAUGAUCCGCCUGGGCACGCUGGAGCAGGAGGCCACAGCCGACGUGGAGUGGCGCUGGCACCCAUACACCAACACGGCACGCAAGAGGGUCUUUCUGAGUGCUGAGUGAACCCGCUCGCUGGUCAGGACGUGGGCCUGGACCCAGGACUCGGGGAGCGGUCAGAAUAAAGUCUGUGUGCCACACCAGCCCCUCUGCCUCUGUGUGGUCAGGACAAGCCCACUGUCAGGCUGAGUGUGAGAGACAGUUUCCACUGGGUCUUCUUAGGUGGGGAGCUGACAGCUCAGAGACAUUUGCAGGUGUGCUGUUGACAUUGUGCCUAGGACAAGGCAGGCCCAACCUGCUGGCUUGCCCCUUAGCCAUAGCCAAGGUUUGGGAGAUUUGGUGUUGCUGUCACUUGGGAGUCAGGGGCCCUGUGAGAGCCCAUCUCAGACUGGAACUGGUAUGUACCCAAAGACCUUGGUUUUACACAGAACAUGUAUCAGGACCCUACAGCAUGCCCCCAAGUUGACGUGGAAUGGGGUAUAACAUUAAGUAAGAAAGUGAUCACACCACUUGGGGCAGGCCUAUGAAAAAACAACUCAGGCAGGGGGAUGGAGAGUGGGGGAGACCUCUGCAGAUGCCCUGAAAGCUACAGGAUGGCAUGAAGCAGCAGGGACCACCUGGAUGACCCAUGCAAAGACCCUGAGGUGGACGUGCUCAUAAGGGUUCCGGGAGCAACAGUGGCCUAGUGAGAGGAGUCUUGAUGGAGAACAGGCAAUAGGACUUCACAGGGAUGUCUGUAACUUCUGGCCUCACUCAUGUGAAUCUAGGGCCUUCCGGAGCCUCUCUCACCUUGACAUAACCUCAGCUCACAAAUGAAGGAUAUGCCACUAAAACUUUUAUGCAAGUUAUGGAAAUUCCAAAAUACAUACAAAGUAGAAGUAGUAUGAUGUUUAUAUUAGUUUUCUGGGACUGCCAAAACCGACUGCCACAAACUGGGUGGCUUAAAACAACAGAUUUAUUCUCUCGCAAUUCUGGAGGCCAGAAGUCAGAUCAAGGUGUUGGCUCCACUCCCAACCCCUCCUCCAUUACUUGCCUCUUCCAGCUUCUGGUGGCUACUGACAAUCCUUAAUAUUCUUUGGCCUGUAGUUGCAUUGUUGUGGUUUCUGUCUGUCUUCGUCUUCACGUGGUCUUUCUCUACUGUCAAGUUUCCUCUGUGUGUCUCUUAUAAGGACACCUGUCCUUAGAUUUAUAGCGCAUCAGAAAAUCAAGGAUGACCUCUUCAUUUAAAGAUUCUGAGCUUAAUCACAUCUGCAAAGACUUUUUGUUUUUCCGAAUAAGAUCACGGGCUCCAGGAAUUAGGCUGUGGACAUAUCUUUUGGGGCCACCAUUCGUCUGACUACACGUCCUCAUUCCUCACUUUCAAUAGCUGUGGGGCUCCUGCCCAUCCUGUUUACUGUAUCCCUCUGUACCUCUUGCAGACAUCACAGGCAUGAGGAUGAUGCUCCCCUGUUUACUCUGAGCAUCCUCAUGGUGAGCACCAUGAGGCCUGGGGCUGCAUUCACUAUUUCACAAGCCUAGAGCAGGCCCUUAGUCACUAGUGUUUUAUUUUAUUUUAUUUUAUUUUAUUUUAUUUUAUUUUAUUUUAAGAUUUUAUUUAUUUAUUCAUGACAGACAGAGAGAGAGAGAGAGAGAGGCAGAGGGAGAAGCAGGCUCCCAAGGAGCAGGGAGCCCAAUGCGGGACUCGAUCCCAGGACCCUGAGAUCAUGACCUGAGCCGUAGGCAGACGCUUAACCAUCUGAGCCACCCAGGCGCCCUGGUGUUUUAUUUUUUAAUAACAGCACAGAAGUCUCAGAGCAGGCCUUUGUGCAAACUAUUCAUUUUAUUGUGGCUUCCACUGCUAAAGAAGUCUUUGAGUGUAAUUCUUUCAAGUUCCUCAGAAGUCAACACACUUGGCCUCAUCAGUAGUGGGGGCCUUUAUGAAAGACGUUGGGUCCACGUUUUGCUCAUCAGCUGUGUUUAGCCAUUGGAUGUGAAUGGUAUGUACUGUCAAAUGAUACUGGGGGAAACAGGACCCCUCAUACUGUGCUGGUGGAAGAACCUGUAGGUAAAGGAUUUUCAGAUGGCAGUUUGGUAGAGUUUCUUAGCAUUUAAAAUGUUCUACUUCUUGAGUCACCAUCCUAGGGUCAGAAGUGGUCACUGUGAUGCUGCUGGGGACAGCUUAGCCACAGCUUUGCCUGGAUGUUUGAGCAGGGGAAUUUGUAGAGUGAGUCAAUAAAAUAACAGUAAUUAAAGCACGAAGUAAGUUGUGGGAAAUGUCCACUGUAGUGCCGUGUGUAUUGCACAGAUAAUAUCCUGAGGACUCACAGGGAGCCUUGGAUUUGAGGCUUGGUACAGUGCUUAAAGGGAUAUUUAUGCAUCUUUUAUUUGACUUUUUUGGGAAGAAAUCAGUUCUUUUAUGGUUUUGAAAUGUGAAGGACAAGGGAGGAGACAGGAGUGGGCGUGGGCUUUGGUGUGUACCAUUUGGAGCAUUUCCUCUGGCCAGAGAGCAGUGGCCCAGGGAGAGUAGAGGGCUUUUGUGACCAGGAAAAGCCCUGUGUCAUGUCUGCAACUGAUUUUCGUGUUCUAGUAUUCUCAGUAUUCAGAAAUAUUAGCAUGUGGGGAAUCCAAGUUAAGGGCAUGAGAGAUCUGUGCCCUGUUUUUGCAACUUUUAUAUAAACAUGACAUUUCAAAAGAAAAGUUACAGAAGUUUUGGGGCGCCUGGGUGGCUCAGUUGGUUAAGCAACUGCCUUCGGCUCAGGUCAUGAUCCUGGAGUCCCGGGAUCGAGUCCCGCAUCGGGCUCCCUGCUCGGCAGGGAGUCUGCUUCUCCCUCUGACCCUCCCUCUCAUGCUCUCUGUCUCUCAUUCUCUCUCUCGCAAAUAAAUUAAAAAAAAUUAAAAAAAAAAAA